UUGUGCAACGUAAACAAGGAAGUGUUUACAUUACAUGUUGGCUGUGAUCUGAUGCAUUUUUAUGGGCAAGAAUGUUUCUGAUUCGUUCAUUUCGUAGUGUUCAUGCAAAAAUUGUUAAACCUGCCCUUCAAUUAGGAUCUGUAAGUAGAUUUAAGAACAUACGCGACAUGUCCAGUAUAUCUAGUUAUCAAUAUGAAACUUUGUCUGUGACUUCUGAUCAACCACAUGUACUUCACAUACAGUUGAAUCGUCCGGAAUGUUUAAAUGCAAUGAAUAAAAUUUUUUGGCAUGAAAUUUUAGACUGUUUUCGAAAAAUAAAAGAUGAUAAAGAAUGCCGUGUAGCUAUAAUUUCUGGUGCUGGCAAAAUAUUUUCAUCCGGUAUAGAUUUUAAUGAUAUGCUUGACCUCACAUCAAAAAUAACAAGCAAGGAAGAUAUUGCGCGCAAAGCUAAGUAUUUACAGUCCAUCAUUGCACAAUAUCAACAGUCAUUUACGUCAAUAGAAGAAUGUCAGAAACCUGUGAUUGCCGCUAUUCACGGAGGUUGUAUUGGAGGAGGUGCUAAUCUAGUGUGUGCCUGCGAUAUUCGUUAUUGCACCGAAGAUGCUUAUUUUGCUAUUAAAGAAAUAGAUAUCGGCUUAGCCGCGGAUGUUGGUAUUCUGCAAAGAUUACCAAAAGCUAUUGGAAAUGAUAGCCUUCUUCGAGAAUAUAUAUAUAGUUGUGAAAAAAUUGAUUCAGCUAAUGCCAAGGAUAUAGGUAUUGUAAGUAAAGUGUUUCCUUCGAGAGAGCUUAUGCUGAAGGCUGCAAAUCGUCUUGCAGGUUUAAUUGCAUCUAAAAGCCCAGUGGCGGUACAAGGCACUAAGGUUGCUCUUAAUUACUCUCGAGAUCAUUCAGUGAAGGAAGGACUAGAAUUUAUGACAUAUUGGAAUAUGACAAUGCUUCAGAGUGAAGAUGUCUUAAAAGCAGCUGAAGCAACUAUUACAAAAUCUGAGCAACGUCCUAAAUUUUCAAAGCUGUAACAGUUUCCAAGUAAAUGUGAAAAAUUUUUUUUAUUUUAAUUGAAAUAAUUAUCCAUUAAAUAUUGCUAUUACUAUUGAAUUUUGCUGCCUGUAGUUGUAAGUAACAGACAUCAAAUAAUAAUUUUCAUAUUUGAGAGAAUGACUUUUUAUUACAAGCCUUUUUUUUUAAAGAACUGUAUGACUAUGAUUACUAUAUUUUGAAAAGUUAUAUAUUUUUUCUUUAUAUGAAAAUUUAUGGAUUUUGUCUAACUGCU